GCCUGGACCCUGGAGCCGGCCCGGGACUCUCGUCGCAUCCCGAGUCCACACGAGCGCCGCCCCCGCCGCGCUAUAACCGGCGCCCUCCGAUGCCCUCUCCUCCUAUAGUCUAUCCCCUCCGAGUCUCCGACACACACACGCACGCUCCUCCAGAAUCCGUCCGGCUCUGCGUCUCGCGGCCAUGACCGGCGGCGGCGACGUGCUCGACCUCGCCGCCAAGGCCGACCUCACGCCGGAGCAGAAGGCCGAGCUCGUGAUGUCGCUGAAGAACAAGCUGGAGGGGCUGGUCGCGCAGCACACGGAUGUGCUCGAGAGCCUCGCUCCCAAGGUCAGGAAGCGCGUCGACGUGCUCAGAGAUAUUCAGAGCAAACAUGAUGAACUGGAAGCAAAAUUCAUUGAGGAAAGUGCUGUGCUAGAAGCUAAAUACCAGAAGCUUUAUGAACCACUCUACUCAAAGCGUUAUGAAAUUGUGACUGGUGUGGUGGAGGUAGAUGGCAUCACAAAGGGUGGAGAUGAGACCCCGGAGACUCCGGCAGAACAGAAAGAGAAGGGUGUUCCAGGUUUCUGGCUUAAUGCAAUGAAGAACAAUGAAAUACUGGCCGGGGAGAUCCAAAAGAGGGAUGAGGAAGCUCUGAAGUACCUUAAGAACAUCGAAUGGUGCAGAAUUGAUGACCGAAAGGGUUUCAAGAUUGAGUUUUCAUUUGAUACUAAUCCCUUUUUCAAAAAUUCUGUGUUGGCAAAAACUUAUCACAUGAUUGAUGAAAACGAUCCCAUUCUAGAGAAGUCUAUUGGAACUGAAAUUGAAUGGUAUCCUGGAAAGUGUUUGACACAAAAGGUACUACAAAAGAAGCCAAAGAAGGGCUCAAAGGACACCGAACCUAUCAUAAAGACUCAAGACUGCAUGAGCUUCUUUAAUUUCUUCAACCCUCCCCAAGUUCCUGAUGAUGAUGAAGAAAUCGAUGAGGAUACUGCUGUGCAAUUGCAGGACCAAAUGGAGCAAGACUACGAUAUCGGAUCUACUAUCAGGGAGAAGAUAAUUCCGCAUGCUGUUUCCUGGUUCACUGAUGAGGCUCAAGACGAGGAAUAUGAUGAUGAAAAUUACAGCGAUGAUGAUGAGUAUGAUGAGGAAGACGAAGAAGAUGAAUGAAUAUCGUAACUUAUAGAGGCAUCAUUGUGAUACCAAGCGAUAUCAAUUUUGUACUUGAAAAUUGUUGCUUUUUUUACUGGAGUGAGGGAGUUGCAGCAGGGUAAGCGGCCUGUUGUGUGCAUGCAGCAGAGAAGCCUGGAAAUUUCAUUGUUUUUUAAUUGUGCGAAUCCAAAAAUAUUUUCAUUUCUUGUAAGAGGUGUGUUUAAAUUUUGGUCCAUGGAGAGGGAAGUUUUGCAGAUAAUGGCAGGAGUAGCGUGGAUUCCAUGGUCU